AGUGGUUACUAUGACGUCUCCCGAAUGUCGAAAACGACAGCUACCGCGUUGUCCAGAUGUUCAGGUCGUAUAUGUCUACUCUUCUGGGCAACCGGAACGGAUAGGCAGUGAUGAUAGCACAUUCGUUUAUCCUCGGAGCGAAGCAGAGUGCGCCUGCUUGCGAGGUGUUUAUCGCGCAGGAAGCCAGCUGCUUCCUCCGCCCGGCAUACCGUGUUCGACAACACUGCAGCUCGUUCGACCGUGGGUUGGCUGCCAAGCGGGAUCCUGCUGCAAAGGUUGGAAGUCAAGCUGAACUCCCGCCCCAGACCUCUUGCAACGGCGCCGAGGGUCAGCUGCCGCCUCUCUCAGGCUCUCUCCAGGCCGCCGUUCUGACCCGGACCGUGAGGAUGAGGAAGAUGAUGUCGGUCCUUUCCGCUCUUCCUUCAUUUCGCGCUCGUUCGACGACGUUCUUUGCUGCUCGUUUCCCCAGACGAUCAUUGACAGCUCAGUCCCUACCCUGUUUCCCCAGAUUUAUGCGCCGACCAGGAUAUUGCUGUGGGCACAGGCACAUGCUACCGAGGAACGUCCGCAUGAGCCGAGCCGUUGCUCAUCGUGAUCCGGGUUGAUUCUUCCGACGACAUGGCCUCCGUGGAAGUCGAUUGCACCAGCGUCCCCACGGGGAAGACGUCUAUAUUUCUACUCGGUGGGCAGGCGCAUUCAGCCUUGCCAACCCCCGGAACAUCGUGUGUCUUCGACCUCUGACCCAUGCUGCACAAGCAGACGCAGGUACCCCUCUUGUGCACGAACCGGAGCACGUCGCCGGACUAGCCGAACAUCGUCACGCUGGACCCUCGUUGGCUCAGGCCCGCCGAGUGCAACGUCGCGGCUUGCCGCUGCGGUGCCCCAUCAG